GAAAAAGGGUUGACAAAACUUGAAGACUGGAAACAUUUGAAUUGAAGCUGCUCUCAUUAAUAUUAUCUACAAACUAUGGGUCAAACACUAUCUGUUGUGUCAAUGGACAAUUUGUAUUUAAUGUCUCAAAUAUAUAUUUCGACCUUAACAUCCGGAAAGCACAAACUAGAUCAAACCACAAGUAGAAAGUGAGUGCAUAAUCUAAAAACACGACAGAGCUGAAACAAAAUCAAAUCAUCUCUUUACAGCACUAGAUCUGUUGGCUUCUGACCUUUAAUAUUAACCAUGGUUACCUCUACUGAAAGCCAGCUGAAAUAAUACUACUAGGCUACUACUAAUAAUACUAAUACUAAUAAUAAUAAUAAUACAAAAAAGUCCUGCUUCUAUGUGGCAUUGUUCACACGAAAAAAACAAUGAAUAUUUGUCGGCAAAUACCACUCAAUAACCCUGCCAUCUUGUGGACGGCGGAGCUGAGGACGUUAGCAUAAUACAACGUGAAGAUGGAGCCAAUGUUCAGUCCUGCGCUGCACAGACAGAGACAUCAGUUUAUCAUCGAUUUCGUCAAGAUGAAGAAACCCAAAAAGGUGUUGGAUUUAGGCUGCAGUGAGUGCGUUCUUCUGAAGAAGCUGAAGUUUCACCGUGAAAUUGAACUGCUGGUUGGAGUCGACAUCGAUGGUGUCCAAUUGAAAAGAAAGAUGCAUGGACUAGCCCCUAUAUCAACAGACUAUCUGCAGCCAAGUUAUGAUCAGCUGUGCAUCGAGCUGUACCAGGGCUCAGUCACUCAGAAAGAUGCACGACUCAGAGGAUUUGAUCUGGUGACCAGUAUAGAGCUCAUUGAGCAUCUCACCCUUGCUGAUGUGGAGCUUUUUUCUGAGGUGGUGUUUGGUUACUUGACCCCUGGGGCGGUGAUCGUCAGUACCCCAAACUCUGACUUCAAUCCCUGUCUCCCUGGACUUGUGGGUUUCAGACACAGAGACCACAAGUUUGAGUGGAGCAGAGCAGAGUUCAAGUCCUGGGCUAUGAAGGUGUGUUGGCAGUACGGUUAUGUUGUGGAGUUAACUGGUGUUGGACAGGCACCACCAGGUCAGCAGGAGCACGUCGGCUUCUGCUCCCAGGUCGGUGUGUUUCACCGUCUCGGGGGCCAAGAGGGUUACAACAUGAUCGAUGAAGAUGCUGAGGAUGUGUUUUCAUACACACUUCUGUAUAGUAUAAACUACCCCAGCCUGCAUGACAACAACAUUUUGCGGAGGGUCCUGGUGAGUGAGGUGGUUUACUGGGUGGAACAACUGAAGAGAAGAUGGAUUGCGGAGCAGACUGGCAAUAGGGAUGAAGCCGUUAGUCUGUGCCAGGCUGAGGGUGAAGGAGAGGAAUGCUUCGGAACAUCGGAGAGACAUGUGGACACUGGAGAGACACAGACAGCAGCUUGUGGAGCAGAGAUACAAACACUUGUGGAGCAUCAGGAAGAGGAGGAUGGAGAGCUGUUUUGGACUCGCAGCCAACCGGAGUCUGACAAACGGCACAGGCGUGUGUCUGUCCCUCUGGCUGUGCUCUGGUCCUGCUGCCCCAAAGUCAGCACCCUGAGUGGAAGUGUCAGUAAUCUCAGACUCUUCCUGAUGGAUGAACCCGCAGUCAAACUGAGCCAGGACAGCUCUGCUGUGCUCCUGAAUUACCAGGAACAAGACCAUGAAGAUGACGAAGAGCUUCAUAAGGAUUUUGAGGACAGCGGGUAUGCAGAGGCUAGCCAGUGCCCCCACAGUGCUGAACCAGAGGAAGACUGGGGGCUAAAUGUUUGAUCUUAAGGAUUCUGAUUUGCUGUCAGGAGUUUUAGGUGGCUUCUUGAGUGAGCAAUAGUUUAUCUUAGAUACUACUGGACAGUAUGUUAACAAAAAGGUCUUUAGAAUAAGAAAAUACUGAAGGUUCAAAUGUAAAUUGUAA